CGGCAAUAUAUCGUACUUAUUCUAUCACUUAGCAUGCCUCAGAUCUGGCUCGUCAACGGCGCUUCGUCUGGCUUCGGUCUUGGACUCGUCAAGAUCAUCGCCGGCAAAGGUGAUCGUGUACUCGCUGCUUCGCGAAACCUCGAGAAACUAGCUUCCCUCGUUUCAAACAACGUGAAACCAGUCCUCCUCGACCAUAACAAACCUCUAGACCAACUCCAAUCAGCCAUCAACGAUAUCCUCACUAUCUAUGGCACUGUCGACAUCGUCGUCAACAACGCCGCAUACGUCCAAACUGGCAUUCUCGAAGAAGUCUCUCCAGAAGAUACCUUGCGUCAGUUCCAAGCAAACACUCUUGGCCCCCUCAGCUUCUACCGUACACUCCUCCCACACUUUCGCGAGAAGGGCACCGGAACUCUCGUUACUAUCGGCUCCAUGGCAGCGUGGUGCCCCAUGUCAGGUUGCAACUUGUACAACGCGUCCAAAGCAGCUCUUCGUUGGUUGGCAAUAGGCCUAGCUGGUGAGGUGGCGCAGUUUGGUAUCCGUCACUGCCUAGUCGAGCCUGGAUUCUUCCGCACAGGGCUGCUGGAUCCAUCUGCCAAUAUCGCUGGGACUGAUAAGAGCAGUCGUCUUGAUGUAUACACGGAUUUGAAUGCAAUCAUUGAGACCAAUUUUGCGACGUUUAAUGGUGCGCAGCUGGGAGACCCUGUGAAGGGCGCUCAGAUAAUCUUUGAUGUGGUCACAUCGUCUGGAGUGGCAGAAGGAAAAGAGUUGCCUGAAUUGCUUCCGUUGGGAAGUGAUGCUAGUAUGGAAAUUGAAAAGGCCGUGUCGAAGGUUCAGACAUCAGUGGAGGGGUGGAAGGAUAUCAGCGCCUUGAGUGACAUUAAGGAGUGUGCUGCUGAUUAGAUAGUCCGAAGAAUGAAAUAGAUUGAUAACAUGUA